AUGACUUUCGCUGUCGGCCCUAACGAUGGCGUCCACAAUUUCGCCAGUAUCGUAUUCGGAGUGCUCGCCACGUUUAGCAGGGGCAAUGUCACCAUCAAGUCUGCAGACAUGGCAGAUACACCCAUCAUCAACCCAGCACUGCUAGAAGACAAACGAGACCAAGACCUAGCCAUCGCAGCAUUCAAGUUUACUCGCCGUUUAGCUGCCACUCAAUCGCUCCAGCGCGCGAUCAUCGCCGAAGUCGUGCCUGGUCCCAACAUCGCCACUGAUGCUGAGAUACUUACGUAUUUGAGACAAAGCGUGAUUCCUUUGUUUCAUGCGAGUUGCACUUGCAAGAUGGGGAUGAGAAAUGAUAGUAUGGCUGUUGUGGAUUCUGAGGCAAAGGUCAUUGGCGUGGAAGGGCUGAGAGUUGUGGAUAUCAGUGCUUUUGCGUUAUUGCCGCCUGGUCAACCACAAGCUACUGUGUAUAUGCUGGCGGAGAAGAUCGCGGAUCUGAUAUUGCAAGAUGUCUGGAACGGAGAUUGGUGA